GCUCCACAUCCUCUGGACGAAUGGAAAUUGAUUGCGAAGACGAUGCUGAAAAAUCUCAUUUGGUUCCUUAAGUUCGUGGUACCUCCCGCGGCUUUAAUUGCAUACACGGUGUCCUUCUUGAUCGAUUAUUUGGUACCUUCACACUUGAUAGAUAAAGCUGAUAAACCAUCUACUGGAUUGAGCAAUUCUGUUGAGCAUUCUAUUGUUUUGACAUCAUCGUGCUACGGAAAUUACAGGCAAAGUAUCGUUUCUCCAAAAGUUACAACUUUACGUGGUCGUCAUUCGGCCGAUGUUGAUCUGUUGUGCGCAAAUGCUAAUGGCAUGAUCAUAUCGACAGCCAUGGACAAGCAUAUAACGUCGUGGAAUGGAAAGCAAGGAGCAUCAUUGAAGAAACUUGAAAGAUAUAUGCGCCGUUGUGAAUCUUGCAAGUGUGGUAGUACAGGUGGAAUGAAAAUAUGUAUCUCUUGGCCGGUUAGGGCAAUGUGUAUGAGCGAGAAGGUUGAAUGGGCGGCUGCUGGAUUUGAAGAUGGUGUCGUGAGAGUCUGGAAUAUUCACUUCGGUCAGGCUACAUAUAUCUUGAAGGACACAGUUGAAGACGUAGAAUCGGUAGUAUCUGUGAUGACGGGAAAUUUGAAGAAAGAACGUGUUACCUGUUUACAGAUUGUCGUACCCAAUUCAUCUUCAAUGCAAAGUAACGAACAAGGAUACGUAAAUGAAAAAACACCUGCAAUGCUUCUUGCGACCUACAAAAACGGAUAUUUUCGUGAAUGGGAUCUGGUUUCUGGUCAAAUUGCUCAUACCGUUGCCACCAACCAGAAGGGCG